GGUCAGUGAUGCUUAAAACGGAGUCAUAAUGACGCAAACUGUCAAUACUUAAGUGUGCUAGCCUUAAAUUUUUUCUAAACCAAUAAUUGAGUUGAGGCAAGUCAAUACAGAUUGCCGCUGCUUUCCGCAGAGCUUUCGAAAUGGACACUCCAUCCCAAAAGGAAAAUGGCUCCAAAAAAGCUACGUAUAAUCAUACAAGUCAAAUUACUUUAGUGCAACCAAAAAGCAGCGAUGGUCGACAUUGGAGUGUUUUUGAAAAAGUGCUACUUGCAUUGGUAUUGUUAUUUUUUGUCGGAUUUCUUAUAUUUGUGGUUUUGUAUGCUACGACCGAAGCUGCAACAACGACUAAAGAAGCUAAAGGUAAAUUUGUGCUUUUAUACUUUUCACACGAUUGUGACAAUUAAAUAUAUAUUAAGAUGUAUUUGGCGCGCUGAAUAGGAAAAUACGUAUUUGCCUAAUGUGUACAAUUAUGAGAUGGAUGACAAAUGUAAAACAAUUAUACUAAGAAUUGCGGUUUAUAUAUAUAUUCUGAUUCUUAAACAGUAUAAAAUACGAUAUAAAACAUUGUAUAAACAAUCUUGUCGCAUAUGCCGGCAAAACAUAUAAAACCAAUGGGUGGUUACCCAUGUCUAUGAAGCACGUUAAUUAAAGUCUUUUGGUGUCGCAGUAAAUAUUGCAAGUAAAUAGGAGGAAAUGUAGUGCGGGAGUAGUAGGAGGAAAUGUAUUGCGGGAGUAGUAGGAGUACAUGUACUGGGGAAAUAGUAGGAGUAAAUGUAGUGGGGGAGUGCUAAUCAUCCUUACUGUAGCUCAGAUUUACGCUGAAUUGCGAAGAACAGUAUGAGCUCAACCUGAUCGAAUGGAAUAUAGCGGCAAACAUCUCAUGCGGACUCAUGUCUGAUCACGGAGCAAAGCUACGGAGGUUUCGGUCAGUUAUUUUGGAGCUUAUCAAACCCACCCUGUCAACAGUUCCCUGUAGAAGGAAACCCCAUCGGAGUACCUGGAGAAACCCCAUGACUUGUCGGUAGAGCUUUGUCUUUGACUGACUCUUUUCACAAGUGUGCGGAUGAGCGAGUCCACAGCGAGAAUCGAACCCACGAUCUCAAACGUGAAAGACGCUGGAUCGGACAAUUAUGCGCAUGGCCUGCAUGCGUCCACCGAAGAGGGCAAAAUCCGGUUACAUCACAUGUGUGAUUCUACAAUCAAAGAUUUGGUUGUUUCUGAGCUAUAGUGAUGCAUAGUAGUGUUAAUACUUUCAGAAAGUUGCAAACAAACCAGAAAGUAUAAAGUCAAUAUUGACAUGCAGAAGCAGUUAAAUUCAUGCAUGGAUUUUCCAACAGUCCCGUAUGUCAGCUAUAUAACAGCAUAGCCUACAACGUAAUUUAUAUACCGGCCUCUAUAACUUCUGUCUAAAAAGGUAAUGUUACACAAGCCACUUGCAAUGCAAUUUGGUUAUAGAGACAGAGAAAUGCGAACGUGACCCCGUGUUUUCACUAUGAAAAUAAAGAAAUAUAUGGUGAAAAAUGUCGACAGAAUUAACCACGGGCCAUGGUCAGGAUUUAUUAACACGGUCUUAAAUUAACUCAAACUUAACACUGAAGUACUGAACAAUUCUGGAAGCUUCUAAACCUUAUAUAUAAAGCGUCUUUUCAUAAGGACAUGCAGCUAAUCUCCGAUGAUUAAAUUUUAAAUCCAAUUUAUUUUCGACUAUUUGUAUUAUGCAAUGACGCAUGACUUGCCAUAUUAAAUUAAAAGCGUAUCGAGAACAAUAAAAAACAUGUCAGUAAUCUUGAACUGUCUUAAGUAGUGUUAAUCUUGCCCAGUGUAGGUAGUGCCAAUCAAAUGAACAAGCUUUCGUUGAUAGGGAUGCAACUACCUGAAAAAUAUAAGGGGAAUUUCGACGUUUCGAGGGAAGGCCCCUCGUCUGGAGUCACUACUCACUGUAACUCCAGACGAAGGGCUUGAAACAUCGAAAUGCUCCUUAGGCCUGGUUUAUACAGCGUGCUAUGAGCGCACCGAACCAAUUACUUAACUAAUAAGUUCGCUCAUAGCACGCUGUCUAAAUCAAAUUGGUUCACUCUCUGAAUUAGGUUCGCUCCUGACCGUGCGGCUCGCUCGUCGAAGGCGUGCCGAACGCUCGUAGCACGGUUAAGCACGCCCUUGAUUUAAACCACAAUGCCAUCAGCGAACCAUACUGCAACAAUAUGAGACGCCAUAUUGUAUUAAUGUUACGCUCCUUUUACGCCCAGAGUGGCUUUAUCUCAACUUUAAAAAUUGGCUCAGAUACGUUACGUAUAAAUCAAAAUGCGUGCUAAUACCGUGCUUGGCCGUGCUAAUUUAAAAAUUGGUUCGGUUCGCUCAUAGCACGCUGUAUAAACCAAGCCUUACAUUUUUCAGGUAGCUCCAUACCUGCCAACGAAAGCUUGUUCAUGCCAGUAAUCUGUUAUAUCUUUAUGUCAGUGACCUAAUCCUAACCCUAACCCUAACCCUAACCAUGCAUGCAUUUCGUGACUGCGUGACAUAAAAAUGCAAGCAAAGAGUGUAGAUAAAAGGCGGACGGAUAAAAAGCGGACGGCACUGUAGUAUACUAUUAGAUUUUCAUGUCACGCAGUCACGAAAUAUAUCAAGUAUAGUUUACAUAAAUUAUUAUGUUACGGGUUUCAUCGUAUACGCAUCAAAAUAUUUAUUGUGUUUUCGGUAGAAAAUGUAUGAGACUCCGCCUACAAAAUUAAAUAUUUUGCAAUUAGCGACGGUCACAGCUAUUUUUAUUGUACUUUCAUUUGAAAGGUUACAAAGCGUUCAUUUUGUACCGCACGUAUAGCUUUCCGCGGCGACAUGAAAAAAAAAUCCACCAACCGUACCUUGUGUUCCGAAGGCUAUUAAAACGGAGAAACGUUGUUUCGCUCAGCUCCCGAAAGUUGCACAUUUCGUAUCGGAUAGGAAACCUAUCGGGUAGUGUGAACGUAGUCCAAAUUUAUGGAAUUCAUUUGGGAAGCCUCACAUAUCGAUUUUUUCCACGAGAAACGUCAUAUGUUCGUUUGGGGGUGGGGGGGGGGGAGGGGUUUGCAGCUGUAACGUUUCUCUAUAAACAUCAUGGAAAAAUUCGAUAGUUUUUUCGAAAGUCUUAACAUUUCGGAAUCAUCUAGCUUUGCAGAAUAUAAAAAAGAAAACAACUUGAUACAAACACCAGUCUAUACAUUCGUUGUACCAUAUCUGUUCUAUACGUACUGUUCUAUACUAUCAAGAAAAACGCGCUAAAAUUAUCAAUAUUUCAUGCAAAAAAAGUUGUUUUGAGAAACGUUGGAAAUUUUAAAAUUCAUAUACAGAAGAUAACAUAUUCCUUGCGGAAGCAUCGCCAAUAGCCGACCGUAGAAAAUAGUAGAAAAUUACCUUAUUUGUACUAUAAGAAAGAACAAAAUAUCGAUAACUAUGUGUGACGAUUCUAAGGAAGUCCUCCAGAGAAACGUACAUAUGACGUUUCUCAUGGACAAAAUCGAUAUGUGAGGCUUCCCUUAAUUAAAUGAUGUGUCUUCAAAAUUUUGUUUGAAAUGCCUAAAGUUCAUAAAUUCGGUCGAGCGAGGACAAUAUGGAAUUUUUAGUAUUUGCUGUUAUUAGUGGUUAUUAAUUUUGUUGGCCUAUGGCUACGUAGAAAAACCAAGAGCAAGACAAAUUGUGCAAUAGCAGUGAACAUUUCUUGUUUUGAACAUGCGAAAAGCUCCAAAAUAGUUUGUUUGCAAAUGGCUAGGAGGAAUUUGAAUGAAGAUCGGAGAUCUAAAAUCAAAUAUGGCAAUUAACUGAAGAAGCGACAGAUUUAUAGAUUUCCUUACAUAUUUGUUUCGCUGCUUGAACAUUUGAUUGAUCUGACUUUUAUGAGAUUGUUUUAUAAGACGUUUUUAUUACAAUCUUUUAUGAGGAGGCUUUAUCACCAAGAUGAUUUUCAUAAGAGUCCUCAAAGAAAGUGUAAAUUAAAAUAUUCAUGGUUAAUAUAAGAUCAUUCACACUAAAGCGGCAAAAAUCAUUCUUGGUGCUCAUCCUUUGGGCUGUUUAAUCACUAAGAUUCGUUAGACCGGCAGCCGUUAUCAAUGCGCACACGCUUUCACCGUUGCCUCGUCAUGCAUAAGACAAGUGUUAAAGUGUUUAAACAAUAACGUCGACUUCAAAUUUAUCUUCAAGUAUACUCGUCUGACAUCCACACCUACAACACCCGAAACAAACAGAACUUACAGUUGGACGGCGCGUCGAGAGAAACGAGGGGGAACAAGCUAGUUGAAAUUCUAACAACUGGAAUUACAGUCGACCUGUUGAAGUCCGGAAAACAGAACAAUUUACAGUAUUUAAAAUUAAACUUAAGAAACAAUUGUCACUUGCAUCGGACACGCUAAGACAUUAAUAUAGGCUUUUUUUGCGCAGGACUCCACUGCAAAUCACUCUUGUGAGAGGACCUGAUUAAAUAUUGUAAUUAUUAUUACAUUUCCAGGCUUUCUUAGGGUCCAAAUUUUCUCGGGCUAGGGGCAGAGUUGUUAACGAGUCCUAUGUUGCAAGUCCAAGUCAAGUCACAAGUCAUUUAUUUGGUCUGAGUUCAAGUCAUGUGCCAAGUCACAAGUCAUUUUGUCUAAAUCCAAGUCAAGUCACAAGUCAUUCCGAGUGGCAAGUCAAUUCAAGUCACAAGUCAUUUUAUCGCCACAUGUGACCAUGUUUUCCUACACAAAACGGCAAAAUAUGUAAAUAUGGCGUCGUUAUUUUAUGUCAGAAAUUUUACACGAAUUCGCGAAAAACCCCCGCUUUGUCAGAAAUUACGCCGGCACAAAUUCUGUCGAUGCCAUUGAUAUGUACUAAGGUCGUUGCCCAAAUUAUACAACACGACGAUCGAUCGAUCAACACAAAGAUUUUGGAAAACUUAAUUUUCACUAGAUAUUUACGUUUGACUUGCGUUGGUAACAGGUCAUUUCUUGCAAGUCCAAGUCAAGUCACAAGUCAUUUUGUCCAAGUCAAGUCACAAGUCAUCAGUCUCUUUAACAAGUCAAGUCACGAGUCCGACUCGAGUCUACAACUAUGGCUAGGGGAAGCAUUCCCCCGACCCCCCCCCCCUCCAGUACUAGAGUUUUGCCUCAUAUCCUAUUGUUCUAAUAUAUUUUAUCGAAUUAGAAACACUUGCUACUUGGAACAGCUAGGGCAUAAGAAAUUCAAAUAUUUCUUCAGGGAAAGGUUCUGCAAUAGUCUCUACCUGAAUUUCAAUGUGGACAUUUUGACCAAGAAUUUUUUGCUUUCUAGAUAAACAAGCCGAUGACGAUGAUCGUUGUUAUUCUGCAGACUGCGUCGCAGUAUCCGCAAGUAUAUGUAUAAAUAAUUUAACAUAUGAUUCUAGGCGGGAUGUUUAUACGAAACGGCCUAGUUCCAGGGGCGUGGCUAGAGGGGGUGUGGGGUGUAACACUCCCCAUUCAUCACGGACUCGACAAAUAUCUGCUUGACUCAGCAAAUUGGUUUCGGAUUUAUGGGCAAAUUGUUUGCGUAGUCAGCGAAAAUAUUUGAGUGGCUUGGAACAAAAAGUAAUAGUUAUAGCGAAUAUUUUGCUAAAUUUACGAAAAUUACGGAAAAUGCUAACACAGUUAUAUCACGAUAUAUUAAUGGGAAGGUUUGUGAAAAAUGGUAUGUCCGGAAAAGUUUUUGCCCCCUCCCCGCUCGCCAACAAUUUUGUGAAAAAAUAUUAAUAAGCGACAGAAAUGUUGUCGGCAAAUGCGAUACUACACCACCCCUUCUUUAGCGUCUUCACUACGUACGGCCCUUCCUAGUCACAGCGCUGUUCUAUGAUCUAACUUAGAUCAUAGGACAGCGCUGUUGAUUUCAGGAAGUUAAAAUAACUGCGGAGGAGCUAUUUUGAACCUAAUUCCACUCCACAGUUGGAGUUAAAUUUGGUUCAAAAUAUCUCUACUGCUGGGAGUUAAAUUAACUCGUCGAAAUUAACAGUAUUCUACAAACUUGUCUUUAAAUUAACCGGAAAUCUAGUAGUGUUGUAAAGGAAAGAUUUCCGUUUUUCAGCCCGGAUAACUUAAUUAAAUUUUUCGCAUAUAUAACAGAAAUAUACGUCUUUGGCCGUAACACAUGUUUAUAACGUUACUAUUCAAUUCAUAAAUUUGAUCAAAUAACACAGUCAUUUUCCUAUUUAAUAUUGUUUUAGUAUACUAAAGAACACUGAGGAAGCCGGGCGAGGGGGAGGGGGGGCGGCUUGCAUCACUAAAAAAAUGCACAGGGGGCUUAGCCCCCACCCCCUAAAAAUAGAUACGGUGUGAAUGGAUUUCCUAUAUAUAAGCCGGGUGUUGUAUGCAUACACUCCAUAUAUAGAUAUAGAAAUUAUAGCAAAAACAGUAUUUGACAUAUUCUUUUUUCCUUUUUUAAUACUGUGACUCUUUUCCAUCUACAUGCAGUAGUUCAACUCUUGAGUUGAAUUGUGCUUCUGAUUUGUUGGCUAUUGUAACUCGCUUUUUUUGCAACAUUUUUGCUGAAAAAAUUCUUCAAUUUUGCGCAGUGCGGGAUAGAGCAUUUCUGAUCCUCGGGGGAGCACGCCCUAUAUAUUCAAAACCAAAAAACAGAAAUUGAAGCUCAGACAUUUACUGUGCAUAAAGGGGGUCAUAUUGUUAUUAACCCAACUAAUGCCUUGACUAAUUCACAGGCAAAUUAAGAAGGCAAAAUGUUAAAAAUUUAUUGAUUUCCCUUUACAACACAAAAGACGCCACAGAACUAUACUAUAAGGUGAUUAUGUAUAUGCAAAUACUGAAAAUAUCAAGAGCUGUCCUCAUACGGCUAAUAUCCAUAGGACCAUAUACACUAGAUAGUGCAUCUAAGGCCAAAUAAAAAAAAAAUACUUGGUUAGCGUCACCGCCCGCCUCUCGAUUUUCUGCCGCCUCUGAAUUUUUUUUUAUUUUUUUUUAUGUAAAUAUCUUCGUUUUACAGCUUUAAACAGUUUAAUAUUUGAAAUUUUUCUCAUGCUCAGACCUUUGCGCUAUACUGUAUACUGAUCGAUAGGAGCGCGUAGGCUUGGGUAUACAAGGUUCUUAAAGCAAAAUGGCGGCCUUCGCAACAUCAGUACAAAAAAUAUCACCGAUAUGGUAGAAAAACCGCCUCCCCAUCCCCUCCAAAAAUACUAUUAAAAAAUUAAAAAAACGAGUAAAAAUAAAAAAAAAAUCCGCCCGCCCGCUUCUGAAAAUUUGUGAGAGUGUGACGCUAACCAAGUAUUUUUUUUUAUUUGGCCUAAUUAUUCUGCAAUUCAAAAACUGAAGCCGUGAUUGCAGACUGAGGAUAUUCCCAUGAAAUGGGAAGACUCGUAUGUUUUCUAUUUCUUAAACAGGGAACUUAAUAAUUAAGUUAAACCUAUUCCAAAUACAUUUUCAAACUAUUCAAAUGAUGAAAGUUAUUGUCGUUUUUUAAGCGUUUAUUAGCGAGUGGGAAACUCCAACAUGGCCGGCAUCUAUUCAAAUGGGGUAACCGCUGGAAUAUUCUUGGCUUCAAUUUUACUAAAAGAGAUGUGCUAUCUAGUGUAUAUAAGAUAUCUAUGCUAAUAUCACGUACACUAGAAAUUAAGACGUGCUACUGAAAUUAAAUGCUUUGAAAAACCUCAUUGAUCAAUAUAUUAUAGAUUUAAGUACUUUUAAGGUAAUGAUCUUCAAAGAUGUUGGACGGAAUUCACUGUCUUUGAAGCAGAUGAAGAAGAUAAACAGAUUUUACUUAAAUUUAAAAUCAUAAGCCGGCUAUCACGCACUGAAAAUCAGAGGAAAACUGCCACAAUAAUCCUAUAUACCAAGAAACAAAAUAAGCGAAUAACUAUUUCUCGUUCAAGUUUAGCUACUACAAUAUAUAUUGAACAUGGUAUAGAAUUGACUGUUUUUGGAGCAACUCAGAAAAAAACUUAAAUUCAUUCGCGCCAGGAAUAGAGAAAGACUGCUAGAAUGAACUAUCGAGAAAUAAAAUUUACUUUUAUCAGUUCAAGCACAGACUGUGGUUCAAGCGAGUAUUCUACAGCAGAUUUAAACUAAAGUGCCCUUUCUUAUACCAGACAACACACGAGUCUUCACUGGCGUUUGUUUUGUGCAGUUGAAAUCCAAUUUGAAACGCCUAAACGUGUUCAAAACGAGUUAAGUCUUGUACAAGUUAUAGUAGUAGAAAUAUACCGUAAGUAGAUGCACUGGUCUAUAAAUUCUAGGAAAGAUUAAUUCUAAGGAAGAAAUUUAGAUUUUAGAGUAAUCAGGAAGUAUUAAGUGUUCAAAUUCACAGACAAGACAAGUUCAUAGCAAAGACAUUUCAUAGCAAGACCUAUUUCGCUACUGUCAAGUGACAGUUUCAUAACACCACGGGAUAACACAAGGAUGCAAAGUUCUUGCAUAAAUUAAAUAAUUUGAAGAAGAUAAGAUUGAAACGUCUCAGAAAGUGCAGCUGCUUUACUAGUAAUUAAUCAUCACAUCAUUCUAUCUCAAAACAUAUUGUGUUAUUGAAGCGAAGAGAAGCAGGACAGUGUACCAACCAACUUAACUGCAGCAAUGGACAAAAUUGUCUGAAAUUUACAUAACAAGGUCAAGGAAGCCAAUACUCAAUAGGCAAUACAUAAUACAAUAUUCCCGCAAAAGGUAAACAACGAAUUGUUUGGAACAAUAAUGGGAAGCUUGGCUAAUUGAAGCCUUGGACUAAUUUGUACUGUCAGUGCCAGCUAUACUGUAUUUCAACAAUACUUUUAUAGUUUUAAUGAUAUAGCGAUAUACAAAAUAUAUUAAUAUUAAGAAUAAUCUGUACACCGACACGUGACCAUUGCAAACUACAUCACUUUUACUGAAAAGGGAACGUGUUGGCACUUAUAUAUACCUUUAAUCUUUAACGCCAACGCAUAAGACCUAUAUCGCUGGUUCUAGAACCUUACAACGCUAAAGAAAAAAUGACAUGCAUGCAAGCAUGGAUUAAAAGCAUCCAACUAUCAUUAUCAACCAACAUAUUCAAUUAACGCAUAUUAGAAAAUAUGAAAUAAGUGGCUUGUUUGUUUAUUGUACGUUGAAACGAAGUUGCUAUGUGCAAAUUGAAACAUUGCACCAGGUUGCUAACUGAACAUUAAUUUAAGCGAAAAAGGAGACGUGAAUUUGAAAUUCCAGUAUUUAUAUUAGAAGGUAUCAGUCUAGCGAAAGAUAUAAGCGAAAGAGAUAAGCCAAAGGGAUUUAAUAAUUUAUGGCUGAAAAUUGAGUCAAGUUAAUCCAGCGGACAAAAUAUAUACGUCAUAAGACGAAUAGUGAGAGUAUAUAUAAUUUAUUUUACAAAUUCAUCGGUCGUCGAUGAACAUGCCUUGUUCCUGCUAAAUUGCAUAAUAAAGCAUCUUUGAAAUAUGAUACUCAGUAUUUCCUAAACGUCGACAUUGAAAACAUUAUUAUUAAUUAAUUCAAACGACUCAGAGACUAGAAAGAAUCGUUGUAUUUGGAAGUGGAUCAGUUUAUAAAUAUAACUACAAUCUGGAACAUCAUAAAGUACAAGGCACUUUCAAAUUUCAACACUACAUCUACAAACUGCCUUUGCCCUUUGGCUUUGCCUUUGCCCUUUGGUAUUGAUUUAUGAUACUUAAAAUCUUUGCUCAACGACAAGCAUAUAAAAGAAUCAUCAGAGCCAUUGGAGAAAGGAACGAUAUCUGAGUCAUUCGGCUGCUUUAAGAAGAAGAAGAAACUCAAAAUAUAAGUACGUCUAUACUCGUUACAGACUAUUUUGUGUGCUCAGUAUAUUAUUUGUCGACGACUAUGAGGCCAUCAAUGACAAUGCUCCCAGUCUAAAGAAUCAUUAGCGAGUGAAGAUUUUGGCACAUAUUCUAACAGUAGAUUUUGGCUUUAAUAAACAAAAUACAUAUCAAAACUCGAUCCGGAGGUAUACAGUUAAAGAUUUGAUUGCCUUUGGUUUUGAUAUAUGAUUCAAGAUUUAAUAUAUUCGAUACAGAAUUUCUGAAAGGACCCUGAAAGAUUGUCGAUUCAUUUGGCCAUUCAAGACCCGUGGAAUUAGUGAAUAGAAGCUUAUGGAAAUAUAAUUUACAGUCGCAUCUUAAUACUAGAAGCAAAGGACAGCUGGAAAUAAGUGCUACACAUUAAAGUCUACUUUAUGCAAACCUUUGGCAUAAUUUGAAAUACAAUACUCAAUAGUCAAUAUUAUUUUUGUUUCCAUAGUUCAAACGCUAACCCGGUUAGAUACCAAAUAAUCGUAAGACUUCGUCAGUAAAAAGAUUUGGAAACAUAAGUUGCAACAAUAUACAAUUUUCCGGAUCAUUGCCUCCAUUAUACUAGGAUAAAAUUUAUUCGUACGAAAUAAAUCCGGAAAUUGAAAAUUUCAUACAAAGACUGGUAAUUCUAUUCAAAUAUACGGAUAUAUGACACCAACUAAGCAUUGAAUUGCGAGCCAUUUGGAGGUUGGAAACUGUAAGUUUCGACGACAUUUUUCUAUGCAAAGAUUAAAUCUUGAUUCAAAUUAUUAACAAUCGAAAAGCACCGGUCAUUCAAUUUUGACGACCACAACGAGAAGUCAAAUUUUGGGCGAACGAUUCCUGAAGACAUAAGAACGAGAAGUCAAAUUUUGGGAAACGAUUCCUGAAGACACAAGGAUUUCUCACUUUGAAAGCUUGGAACAAAGCAGUUAGACAAUUGUACGUAACAUUGGAAGAAAUAAGUUGUCAGCUGGCCAAAACUGGUGAGGUAUCAAUUAAUUCACCAAGUAAUAUAAAUAAACUUUGUAUAUAUCCUCAAAGUCAUUAUGGAAUCAGCUCCGUUUGUCAGCUUAGAAAGCCAGGAUGAUAUUUGGGACGAUGAAAAUUCAGACGACUUGAAUCCAGGUUUGCAGCCCGCAAGGAUCUACUAUAAAAGACCUACGAUAUGCACUCCGACACGAAUUGCUGUGGUUGUAGUCAUUGGAGUAUUGGUUAUUGUGAUCGUCACACUUGGUGUUUUGGUUGCUCAAAGAAAAGAGACGAAGGAGGCGAAAGUAUCUGUAUCGUUAUGUCUUACGUCCAAAUGCAUCACUACAAGUUAUGGUAAGUCGAUUGUUAAGGCCCGUUGCAAUUUCUGCUGUAAUUUUUUAAGUGCGAUGUUCUCCUUCUGAUGGAUGUAAACGAGUGGAUGAGCUAUGGAUGUUCAGAUGAGGGUAUAUAUACUCGAUCAGAACAUUCGUAACUCAUUUACUUGUUCGCAUGCAUCAGAAGAAGAAAAUCGCACUAAAUAUCGCAUAAAAAAAUGCAAGUGUAAAUGAGACUUUAAAAAUUAUGCAAUACAGACACACGCGAGGUUUUAAAGCAGCUUUUUGUAAGCGACUCCACCAGGCGGGCUAUAUCACCAAUUCUGGUUGAAAUAUAAAUGGUUCAGCUUCAGUCUAGUUUAGUUACAUCCUCAGUAGAAGGUUAGGAUCAACAGCGAUCGAGUUGGUUCUUACUGGAAGAUAGGUGAUCAGAUUUUACGGUGUAGAAACAGUGCUCGAUACCAAAUUUAUGCAAAGUGAUAAUUAAUAGGAAUCUUUAAACGAGCGAUCACAAUGAGCGUGCGUGAACUCGGAGUUGCGAUUGUAUUUUAAGUCAAUAAGAUUUAUAGUACUAGACAAAUAGGAAAUUACCCUUUCUGUAUGGACCUCCAGAGAGAAUAAUCUGGACAAAAGUGAUAAAGCUAUUUCGACGUAAUUACACUAUAGCAAAGCCACUGCCAUAAACCAUAGCAUGCAGAGCCACUGCUCUCAAUUAUAUCAUGAAUACAAUAUUUGAUGACCUCCCGGCCUAUACGCACAAGUAUCACCAAGGAGACAAUUGCAAGGAUGCACAGAAUAUUCAUACAGCAUGAAGCACUGACAAAUGAAAACAACUCCAUUAUCCAGUAACAUCCGAUCCAGACGCACAAAAAUACCUCUUAAAUCAUAACCAUCACACAACCACUUAACUAGUAAACCAGAUGUUAAGAGCAGAUUUUUCUAAGUUACGUAACAUGCGUUCAAAACUAAUGAGAAUAUUGUCACUUGCUUAUAACUGUACAUAUUUUUCAAAUUUUAAUAUGUUUCUCAAUCAGCACAGAAACGUAAUUAAAAAGCACGAUUAGUGCUUUAUCUGAAAAUAAUGCUAAAAUGAAGUGUCUAUAGUAGUUCACCAAAGAGAAAAUGAUGUCUGAAGUUUUGCUUUUACAGUAUUGUUGUGAAUAUGGUGUCAAUUGUAAGGCACUGUUAUAAAUUGUCUUCGAGAGAUUUAUUCCUUCGCUGGUAUUAAAAUGGAACUGUAUACUUUCGUUUCAACAGUCGUUAUCUUUACAUAUAUAACUGAACACUGCUAUCGGUUUUUCAUUCUUUCUCUCUUGUUCUCUCGAACAGUCUAUCUGUUUAACUUCUAAUUCUCCCUCUCAGUUAGGACCUAGUUCCACGACGAGCGAAAUGCGAAAAUUUCGCGCGAAAAGGUUGAACGCAUGCGCAACAUGAUUUUGGAGUGUUUCUCUGCGAAAUAUUUCUCUUCGCCGGGUGGUCGAAUUCGUUUCUACUCCGUUGCGAGAUGGAAAUAGCGAAGCCAAUCAAAUGCUUGUGUUUUGGCGAAUUUUUUCUCUACUGUGGAAAUCACUACGAGAGAAAAUUUUCGCACAAGUGUGUUUUCGUGUGAAAUUUUUCGCAUUUCGCUCGUCGUGAAAUUAGGCCUUAGUACUAUCUUGUUGUCGGUUCUAACUUUCUCGCAAAGGAAGAUCGUAACGCGUGACGCACAAUAGGCAAAAAUCGCCCUCGCUUCCUCGACCACUUAUCAACCUACAAAACAUCUCUCACGUUCGUACAAGACGUGCAUUUCAUCUUAUUUACUAAAAUACAAAAAAGUUCCUCUUUUCUUUUGACGUUCGUAUUUCCCGUUAUUCAAAUGUUCCACGGCUUACUUAUAUAUUUUAUGAUUAUAAAUCUAAGAUACUGAUUUACGAAAUCAUCAUUGAUGUGAAGUUUGCGAGUUCACGGCAACCAGGUACAAUAUCAGUCAUGUUUUCGCUCGCUACUCUGGUUCUAAUAAAGGAAUGCAAAGCGCAGUCGAAUUAGUCUUUCUCGCGCCGCCAUUUUUGGGUGGCAAUAUGUUUAGAACAGGGAUAGUAAGCAGUGAAAAUAAAACUUUCUAUAACUAUAUACAGUUGUAAGUAUAAUCAUUAUAAAUCAAUUUACAGUUAAAUAUUUGAAAAAGUUAUUUUCACAUCGCAGCCAUUGCUUAGAUUUUUCACGUUGACGUUGUUUAUAAAAUAGUAACCAAAAAUGGCGAAUUUAGACCUUCAUGAGAAAGGCUAAUUGACCCAACGUUUCGACACUCCAGUCUAGUGUCUUCAUCCGGGGUGAUCUGAAGUCGCAACGUGGCUUAUUAUACUGUAUGUAUAUACCCAUGGGAUGACGCCAUAUGUCAACAAGAUAGGUAUACAUUCUUGUAACAAAUAAGCACCGUUAUCCCUAUUCAAAGCAUGAUUACUCAUAUUUAUAUGCCACGCUUCUUAAUUGUAUUUUAAUUUACAAUUUUAAUUUUUUACUUUUAUAAUUACUCUUAUGUUUCUCAAAUUAAAAAGGAAGCUAACUGUAUAAACAAGACAAUAAAACUAAAACAAAGUAAUUUGGAGAGGGACGCCAAAAAGAUUUUGAACGCUUUUCAUCCCAAAUACGCAACGUAGAAACAAAUUGUUCUUGAACCUCUCCAGCAAAAAAUGCAGAGAUAAUAGAGAUUAUGAUGCUAUAAACACUUGAUAUUGAUCGCACUUCCUGAUUUAUAACUUGUGAGAUUUUAACACACUUCCUAUGACUUUUUUUUUAAAUGUGUGAAUGCAAUAUAUUUUAUUAUUUUGACUAUCAUGUUAAACAUGCUCACUUUAACAUAACACACAAACGAAUUUCAUGAUGAGUGAAGUCGAGCCUCUGGAUAUAGAAAUACUUUCACCGACGGGAAAGAAAUCCGAAAAGAAUGCUCACAAAAGGUGUACGACCAAAACGACUUUAUUGGUGAUAAUAUUUCUACUAGUUGUAUUAUGUCUCAUCUUUGUGUUGUUGUAUGUAUUGGAGAGGGUAUCUAACAGCUCUGGUGGCAACGCAAUACCUACAACAAAACCGCAGCCUUGUUCAGCAUAUUGUUUUACUCAGACAUGUAUCGCAAGUUCAGAUAGUAAGUGAUAUUUGGCAUCUCAUCUUAGAAGUAUACACAAGGUGUAUAAAAAACAAGGUAAUCCAAGUUUAGCAUAUUUAAUAAUUACUCGGUGUAUGAACGUAAUUCUUUCAUAAUCAGAUCAGGCUUUUGGCUGCUGAAUGAUACGUUUUUUAUCCAUUAUUAAGAAAAUAUUAGCAAAUACUAGUCCAACAAAAAUUGUUUGUCGAAAUCGCAUAUUUUUACCUCUGGCUCUGUGCCUAAUUAAGUCAGUGCAUACCAAAAUCCGAGGACCCCUCUGUAAACCACUAUACUUGGUAUCCUCAUUAAAAUAAUAUUCAUUCAUUCAAAUAUUCAAAUAAAAGCAAUUAAUCGCGAAUGUGUCAUUUUAACAAUGAGCUUAGCGCUGGUUUAUAAUAAUUAUGCACACGCAGAUAUUUUUUUGAAGUGAAAUUUAUCAACUUAAUUAAUGGACAUUUGCAUUAUAGACUAAAUUUUGAUCUAGCCAAAAAUUUCGGUAAUCGUUCCAUGUUUCGCGCACCAAUAUAGUAAACGUUAUGUAAUGGAUAUUAUAGUGUACUGAAAAGUUCACUAGAUACCUCCAUACACAUAUAACACACCCUAACCCUAACUUUCAAUACUUUUAGAUCCAAUUCUCAAACAAUUUUCAUCGAACUCGUAUUUGCCCUUUUUUAUCCAUAUAACUAUUGAAUGAAAAAGCCUGAUCUUUAUUAUGAAAAAAAUACAAUCAUUCAUGCAUAGAAUAAUUAACACACAACGGCAUGCUAAAAUUUGGAUUACCUUUGGCUUUGUACAUGCCAUGUGAAUAUUAUUGAAUACAAAUGUAUUUUGUACAUGUCUGCAUGUGUAUAUUAUUGAAUUGGUACAUAUAUGCGUGAGUAUGCCGCCAAAAAUAUAAUUUUAACAGUAUCUUCAAAUGAAAAUGAACUUCUUAUAACAGUUGUCAUUUGAUAAAAUCAUUUUAGGAAGUAUAUUGGCAACAUAUUUUUCGUAUAUCCUUUUGGGGUUUACAUGAUAUGCAAAUUAACAACUUAUGACCUCAUAUUGUACAAUUCAGUCAUGCAGUUGUACGGAUAACAACCUUUCAUUGGUAGGGAUGCAACUACCUGAAUUAAAAUAUAAGGAGAAUUUCGACGUUUCGAGCGAACGCCAUUCGACGGGACUACCGACUACAUACACUGGCACACACAGUUCAAAGUUGUACGAAUAGUCUACACUGCAAAAACGCCUAGCCUCAGCCUAGUCCCAGUCGUUCCGAAGCAAGCGCGAGAAAAAAGUGGAUGUAGUACGAGACUGGGACCUAGGUGUGACGUCACCGCUCAAGGUGCUUCAGAACGCCUAGCAGAUUUCAGUAUUUUUAAUAUGGCGGAAAAUUUAUAUAUACAAGUAACCUUUUAAUUAUAAAUACGACAAUGUUCGUUCAUCAUGUACAUGUUCGAUGUCUACAUAACCAAAUCAAACUGUAUUAAAAAUGUGAUCAACUAAAAAAAAUUAUAUAUAAAUUCACGAUACCGAGUUUGAGCAAUCGUUGAUGUUAUUUAUGUACUCGCAAGUUGUGAUCAACACUAGACCAUACUGGUAUACACAACUACGUUUUCUACUUGACAGGUUUAAAUUGCUGAGGAGAUUGGAAAUAUUUGCCUGACAUGACGGUGUUGUCAAAACAUUCUUAGUCGGAGACUUGGCAUAAUUUUCAAGCUUCUAGAUAGCAUUUAAUAUGGCUAUAUAUUUUAGUAAACACGAGUCAUAUUUAGCCCGUUAUUCCACUCUGACCGUAUGGCCGCGAAACGUAGCCUACUUCAUUGUUCCGACAGCAUUAGAGCAAAACUAAUGACUUAAUUAUAAAUGCAAAGGAAAUUUCCAUAACAUUUUCCAUUUACAAAUGAGGUAUCCUUGGUAACCAGGCCAGGGACAACUUUUUUGAAAUCAGGGACCAUUUUACCGAAAUCUGCUAGGCUCUCUCGCUGAAGCGUUCCGCACAGCACACCCAGGCAUAAAACUUUUAAAACUUAUUUAAAUUUAUCAAAGCAGCGAAUAGAGAGAGAGCCUGGGACUAGGCUGGCCUAGCCUGUAAGUUCAAUAUUGUUAACAACCAGGAACAAUAUGGGCAGCAAAAUAUUGUUCAGCCCUGUUUUUAUCAACACUGUUGCAGGCUAGGGGUUUUUUCCUGUGUAUAGGCUACGUAUAUAAUUAGGUGAGCGUAAUACUUGAUGUAAAGCGCAUUUGAUCAUGUAUCCGCAUUUAAAUAGGCAAUUCCAGCUUUUAGUAUGCCUGCAGGGGAGGAUGGGAAGUAAGGUAUCAUGUUGCUGAUUAUGUUGAAAAAUGUCAAUAAAAACUACCGAAACAACCGAAAUAUUUCAAUAUUUACAAGUAUAAGCUAUCACUCCGUGUUUACACGGCCACCAUUUUUAUUUUUUUCAGCAUAAUCAGCAAUGUGAUACCUUACUUCCCAUCGUCCCCUGCACGCAUAAACUAAAAGCUGGAAUUGCCUAUUCGCGCUAUAGAAAUGCUAAUCGUAAUCGUCGCUAUAUUUGCAAAGAUGUAGCAUUUUGCGUAGAACUCGCGCUCUGGAUAUGUCUGCAGGAAAUAUUAACAACCAUGAUAACUGACGAGCCUUAAAAAUCUCAUAAAAAGUACCACCUGAAAUUUAAAACUAUAUAUCUGAAACAAAAUUGGAGUAACCUCAAAUUAUUAUUGGAUCCCGUGGUUUUCACGUUGCAAAAGCGUAUAGUACUGUUUCCCGGCUUUUUGGUCGCGCGUCGAUGAACAAAAAUGUUCACUACAGGAACGGUAUGCCGGUAUCAGUCGAAAAAUGUAGGAUUUCCGGCCCUGUGAGAUGCGGUUUUUAAGUUUGCUCAGAAGAGCAUAAGACAUUUAGGCCAAUUCUAAGUAAAAGCCAAUGCUCGAGGCAGCUCGUUUCACCAUCCCUGUAAACACUCAACGGUAUUUACUGAAAAUACAUCAAGGGUGCAAAGAAUGCGUUAGGCAAUCACAAAAGGCCGAUCAUGCAACUACAACCCACCCUCCUAUACUGGGAAGAGACACUGGGAAUUCUUGACAAUGACAUAAGUAAACUAUAGUGGAUAGUUUUAGCAGUUCUGUCUAAGCUUCUCACGUUAGAACUUCAGUGAAAAGCGAUCGUCCUUCAGCUGACGAAGGAUUGCAAGACAGAAGAUUGCAAGAUGUUAUUUACUUAUUUUAUACGAAAACUGAAAUUAAAAUUAUAAUAUGGGCCUUAAGAAUGACGUGUUUUUACGAAUAGCUCAAAACAGCAAACCGCUAGCGAUCACGUGGCCAGACUCCCCUAGCCUGGCGAAUUUGCGCCACAUUUUCAGGUUUUUAUUGUGUAGAAAUUGAUUUCAUGUACGACUGACCCAUCAGAUUUUCUUAUUGAAAAUGUCACAUUAUAUAGAUUCUAGUAUUACUAAAUAAAUGCUUAAAACGCAAUGAUAUGGCAAUGAUUUGGAAAAAACCCCGCAAAACUAAGCUUGGUACUGACCAUGAAGCUGCACAGCUGUCAAAACAAGAUGGCGGAUUAUACUAAUCAACAUCUCAGAGUUUGUCCUUCAGUCUCCACAAAAUUUAUUGCCUCGGACGUCUAGUAAUCUUAUAACACCAAUCUAAGCCUAAGGUUUAAUCUAAUAACUGCAAAUUAGUCCCACGCAGACGCCGAAUUGAAAAACACAUGCCGCUAUAUCAUGGCAUUUUCAAUAUAAGUUCGUAUACAGAUUCUGGCAGAAGCUCGAUAACGUCUUAACAGUUGUCAUUUGAUAAAAUAAUUUUAGGGAAUAUAUAACAAGGUUAAGUUAAGUUAUGUUUGGUUAAGGCAAAAAGAAUAUUAUUUUACAUUGGCGAAACACGCGCAGGCGUUCGAUUCGUAUACGUUUAAAAGGGCAUGCAGAUCACAGUGUAUCAUGAAAAUAACGAUAACCACGUUUUAGGAUGAAUUUGUUGGAACAUACACCGUAAGAAGUUCGAACAAUAUAUUUCCUCCAUUUCAUAUGCAGAGAGCUUUGCACCUGCACUGUUGCACUAGAUUUCAGAGUCAUGGCGGAGCGCGCAAGUUCAUUUCACAAAUGAAUUUAAAAGUUCUACAAUACGUUUUCCAUGCACUUACGAGUGCAUGCAUCUCAUACUAUUAAAAUCUUACCUUAUUUUUCUAGCUUCAUAUUUGGCUCCUCUUUUAAUCUUUUUACAUCUCGUUUCGUUGCUGCAUUGAUCCUAAAAGCAAAACACAGUCCCGACUUAAUGAUCUUUGCUCAGUUGUAAUUACCAAAGAUUUAAAGGCCCAUUAAGUGCACAUUAAGGGCGUAUAGGAAGAACGGGUCUGGGAAUAUAUUAUGAAGGAUGAUGAAUAUAUUUUGUAAUAAUACUGGACGGCGAAAGUCAAACCUGCCAUAAGGCAAAACACCAGAAAAAGGAGAAGGGGCUGUUCUUACUAGAUUUCUAAAUUGAACUCUUUAUAGUACUGAUAGGUUACUAUCAGGAUUUGGGGCAUCUCACUCGAUAGAACAAACUGAAUUGUUUUGCAUGUAAAUGGAAAUUUCAAAAUAUGCAUGCAACUAUAUAGGCCCUUGGCAGGAAUCAAACCUGCAGCCCUGCGAAUCCAGUACAUCUAACCGCAAGUUCAUAAAUACCUAGGUGAUGCCAAUGUAAGGUGUAUGGGUAAUUAAUAGAACUAAUUCUGGAAGUGUUUUGUUGUUCGAGUGUAAAUUUUAUACGUUUAUAAGACCUAACCUCGGAUAUGCAACUAUAAGCUUAGUAUUCUGAUAUAGAGCUAUCCAGUGUAAAUUACGUGCAGUCAAUUUAGUGUAGUAUAGUUUUCGUAUGACUGCAUGCAAGCAAGUUAUCCGCCUAUAAAUACUGGUUAAAAUUGAAUUGAAUUUAUUACAAAUCUGAAUGGCAGCUACUAGCAGCUGAAUUGUAGAGAGUUUACAUUUAAAAUGCAUGGUGAAAGCCAAUAUAUAGACAGUAUAUUACUUGAAAUUAUGUUAACCAGAAUCGUUAUAUGCUACAAUUAAUAUACUUGAAGAGAUAAAAGCAUUGCGAAAUCUAGUAGUUUACAUUGGUCAUUGCGUAGGCUACGAGUACGUAAAUCUUUACAUCUAUAUCAGGGAUAAAACUGUUCAUCUUAUGUUCUGGAUUAAGAAAUAUCUUGAAAUAUGAUUUACAUAAAUUAUUUCUUCUUUGAGAAAGUAUACGAUAUGUCAUUAACUUUUAAAGCUGUGCGGUAUUAUGGGUUAGGGCAUAUUAUACGACUCGUUUCUGUAUUCUUUCAAUGAGAACUUUACGUUGUCAAGUACUUUAAGCGAAGGAUAUAUAUUUAAACCGAAGACAAAAUCAAAGAAUAUUUGACAAUGUAAACAAGACUAUAUUGCCUUGAAAAAGGAAAACUGCCACCCCCUGAAUUAUUGAUUAUAAUUAGGAUGCACAACUACAACAUCCCAUAUACAUUAAAAACCCAACUAUACAAAUGCGCUUAAUUUUAAGCAAUCUUCACCAUUGCAGUUUAUAUUAGCCAUUGUCUUGAUUAUAUAUGUAUGCAUGAAAGGAUAUGUUGAAUCUGAUUGGCCGAGAAUAACAAAAACGGUUUCGGGAAUUUCUUGUUCAAAGGAGCAAGUUUUGCAAAAGUAUAAAAUAUAUUAUGGAUAUUAAGUUAUCGUAUUAAUCUAUAAUAUUAAGUACUAAAUACAGUUGGCCCAUAAGAUGGCCUUCGAACAGGAAUUAGAGCCCGCAGAAGAUCUGGCCAGCUAACACAUGUUUAGGCGCAAGGAAACAGCAUAUGAAAAUAUACCCCCGUGGUCUUCCAAUUCACUCAUAAUUAAAUGCUUGCUAAUCUUUGUUCCAUUGCAUGCCUCUAUGAUCAAAGCCCAUGCACUGUCCCCUAAUUCACUCAUAAUCAUAUCCUUGCUAAUCUGCGGGGCUGCGGGUGGCACAAUCGUCAGAGCGAGUGCCUUUCAUCUUUGAGAUUGUAGGUUCGAUUGUCGCUUCUGCCACCCCCUGAAAUCGGACACAUGACAGAUGUGAAAAAGGUCAGUCGAUCCCUAUCGAAAGUCAUGGGGUGUUCUCCGCGUAUUCCGGUUUCCUCCCACAGGGAAUGUUGACAAUGGUGGUUGGGAUUAACCCCUAAGUUGGCAUCAGCCCCUAACUGACCCUUCUACUGUAGCUGUGCUCAUUGAGAGGCGCCCUUAGAAGGCAUUCGAAUUGAUAACGUUGGGCUGCGUCCUUCGGAAUGCAGCUUAUAUAAGCUCUCAGCAAGUAAGGAUGAUUGGCACACCUUGACUUAUUUACUCCUACUCCUUAAUUGUUCCAUUGCGUGCUAAAAGCCUCAAUAUUAUCUAAGCAGUGAUAACUAGCUACGUAACAUGUUUAAUGUUUAAUACCACUUAGCCAAUCCUUACAUAGAGUAUAACAAAAAAAUUGAAAAAGAGAAAUAACUAACCAAUUAAUACAACAUAUAGUGCAGAGAAAAAACCCCAACAAAAACAAUAAAACGAAACUGGAUGGCUGGAUAGCAGCAGGGGGAAACUAAAUUCCCAUGGUAAAGCAGCUCUUCUUACAUAUAACAAAACAAAAAUUAACCAAACAGAUAAGACCAUACACAAUCCAGAAGAUAUAGGAUUGUCCAUGGUAAAACAAAACAGAAAACAAAAAAUCUGACAUUACAGUUACUCAUGUAAAUGUUUAAGUAGUGCCUUGAUCUUGAACAAGGUACUGCAUUACACUAGCAGGUAGAGAGUUAUUCGGUAGACUAAAAUAGUUUGUUCGGAAUGCUUUAGGCUCAUUUUAAAAUCAUGAUUACUUCGUGUCCGUGUUGAACCAUGAUAUCCGAAACAUUGUGUAGGAUUAACGUCAACACGUUAUUCGAAAAUGUGAAUUGGGCGACAAUGGAUACAAACAUUAGCGUCUAUACAUAAAUAUGAUGCUUGUAUUUCAAUGGAUAUCAAUAAGUAAAUAUCUUAAUCAGAGCCGGCUUCUUGUUCCUAUCACAUUACUCAACAUCCUAAUUGGCAUUGUAUGUACCACACAUGAGAAACCCAUAAUCCAUUAUACCAGUUAGCUCUAUCAGUUCUAAAUUCUUACGCCCAGAGAUCCAUGUGAAAGCCGUUCCUUAUUUGCAAAGUCUUAUUAUAUACAGAAGAAAACUAAGCUAAACAAAACAAACUUCAUUUCAACUAUUUUAUUUCGACUGGAUAGCUCCAUUUGGGAGUAUAUAGGCAUAUCCAAUUAGCGAUCUAAAGCAAUUAGCGUCUGCAUACAUGUACGCCUGUCCUUCAUAAUUUUGCCAACAAUCACUCAACGUCUUAUAAUCGGCAUUGGAAAAUACUCUUUGUAUAUAAUAUACGAGCUUCUGCGUUGAUAGAUGCUCUAUUUUAAAUAUAAACUUUAACGUUAUUGAUAUAACAAUAAAUCACUAACAAUUUUAGCGGCUCGUUUGCCCAGUGUUGUGGCAGGCAAGACAAAAACUAACUUCAUUUAUAUAUUACAUAGCUCGAUCGGUUCUAAACUGUUUCUUCCUAGAGAUCCAGCAAGGACCAUUCCUUUUAUCCACUGUUCAACUUGGUUAGUGACUUGGUUUCAUGUUUUUGAUGGGUGGGGGUUAAGUUUUCAGCUAAGUACAAACACGGCACACAAAACGUGAUCCAACUGCAUGUAACAGCAGUAGUGUAGGAAGAUAUUUAAAGUUAGGAGCCCUGAAAACUGUGGGAAAUGCCAUUUCCUGCACUUUCUGGCACCGGGUUGAAAAAUUUAGACGGCAAAAUUGCUGCACAAAAUUGCAUAGUUGAACUACGUGGCGAUGAAAAAAAAUACUCACGCAUGGGCUGCAGCCCGCAAGCCCCGCCCCCCUGUUCCGCCGCCAUGAAUGUACUACAAAAUGAAAUUAAACGAAACUAACUUUAUUUAUACUGGGUAGCUCUAUCAGUUCUGAAAUAUUCUUCAUAGAGCUCCAGUAGGCUCCUUCCUUAUUGGCCCAUGCAGUAUUAAUUAACAACAGGAAGAUUUUUUUAUUAAACUAUAUUUAUUACUGGAGAAAUUCAAUCAGUUCGUAACUGUUAUCCCGCGAGGGGUAAAUUACUCUGAAAAUCUUCGUACACUUCAUCAAAAAUCAAAAAAAAUCUUUGGAAAAAUCCCAAAAUCUUACUAAAUCCCAGAAUCCCCCAAAAUCUCUAAAAAUUGCAUAAAAUACCUGGAAAAAGUACUUGAAAAUAAAAUCUUCAAAAUUAUUGCAAUAUUGAGAAAUCCCAUCAAAUUUAAACAUUUAAAUCGUGAAUUGGCGUGAAAAUGCCCUUUGUUGAUUUACUUCGUUUUAAAAAUAAUUCGACGGAUUAUAUGUCUCAAAAAAUGUCGAAAAAAGUUCGGCGAAAAAAAUAAGGGAAAAUAUUUCGAAAAUAUCAGCUGAAAAAAAUCCCAAAAUCCCUUAAAUUUGGGAAAAAAAUCCCAGUACACUGAACUGGACUCGCUCUCUCGCAUGUGAUUGUAGUGAAACUAUAAUUAGAAUAUCAGAAAGUAAGAUCAUGGAUAGUUAAGAUAGAUCCAUGGUAUGAUAUCAUGCAUAUCUAAGUGGUGAAGGCCACAUGCAUUUAGCUAAAAGUAUUACGUACCCUUCUGUAACCUCCAUUCUCAAAUUCCUUUCAAAAAGGGUAUUUAUGACAGUCUGACCUUGUCUGUGUUUAUCAACAUAAAAAGUGCUCAUAUAUCGUUAUUAAACUUUCAUCACCUGAAAUAAUUCAUCGAGAUCAACUCAAACGAAAAGCCGAAAAGCAGCUGUUCUCUAUAAUUUUGCGAAUUGAUUUAUUGCGAGCGCGAACAAUACCGCGUGAUGCAUGAAUCGCAUUUAAACAUUGAUUAGGGGCCAUUAGCGUAGCGAGCACUUUAUUUGGGCAGCAUACUUGUAGCUUUUUAGAUAAUAAGCGGACCUUUCGACCGAGUUUCACUCGAGGUUAUAGGUCGAGAUUCGUGGGUAAAUAAAAUACUUUGAGGAGAAAAAUUAUAUUUUAGAGCAAAGCCCUUCGUCAAAAGAUUAGAACUACAAUGCUAACUUCUUUGACGAUGAAAAGGGCCUUUGCUUAUUUUUUUCUCCUUCGCUUCGGAUUAACUGUGUCUGGUGAAAUCCACCAAAAUGAACAAUAAAACCCUUGACCUAGACUCUCGAUCCUCGACUAAAAUGCCACGAUCCUCGGCCAUUAGUCAACUCCCAAAGUCGACUAAUUGCUUAAAUCAACGCCUUACGCAAGGCCAAUUUCAAAAAUAUUCCAUCUGCUUCAAUUUGUCGAGACGCUUCCAAAGUAAUAUGGCUUCCCACACUGGAAAUACACCGCUCGCGGAAAAUUCGGAUUACAACAAUGGCGAAAUCUUUUUUAACCAGCCUAAAUCUCUGAAAAGAGUGCUCGACCGUUAUGUACGUCAACGAAAUACAUUCCUAGCUACGACCGUUUUGUUAUUCGUUGCUUGUAUCGUGUUGCUAGUUUGUUUUAUUGUACUAAAGCGAACGGAAAACAGUGCUUCGCCUGCGGAUGGGAUCUGCAACUCGCUGGGGUGUAUCUCAAACGUGGCAGGUAGGCUGUGCGUAAAGUUGAUUUAUAGUCUCGGUAGGACUCAUUAUGUGGGAGUGCUGUGAGAAUGCUCAUUGAUGUUCAAUUGUAAUGUGUCGGGCUUGCGACACCUACGGUGCGAUCGAUAUUUUGUCACAAUCUGCAAACACGCUAUAGAACAAGAAUGCUAUAUGUAUAGAAGAGUGUUACCCAUAGAACAAAGACUGCUGGGCAGGUUAUCCUGUACUCCGUUAUUCUUGCGUAACACCCAGAGACGUAGCGAAGACUCUGUCGUUUGAGGCUGUAAGGGUUCAAUUAAAUUACCUGAGUUUUUAAAUUACGUUUUACUUUACCUAAAAGUAGUGUUUGAAAUUUACUGUGAUUUUAUUCCAUGAGUAUAUGCAAGUAGCAGGUGUUGCUUUUGAGGGCGGGAUUGAGGUUCGAGGGAAAAUUCUCCGGUGAAAAUAUUAAUUGAAUGUUUGGACAUUCAGACAGCCGAGAAAUUCAACUAAAAUUUGGCAUUCUCAGCUUGGGUUCGCUUUUAGCUUCCACGUUUGCCUGACAAGCAGUUUUAAUUUACCGAAUAUCAACUUACAAAUUUACUUGAAAUUACACAAGAACUAAUAUUGGUGGUGUUACAAGAACUAAUAUUGGUGGUGUCGAAAAUGCUGUUUUUAGUCCUCUUUUAGGUCAAAAUUUCCGAAAAUUCGUCAUUUUUCGUGAAGGGGGCAAGAUUUCCGCAAGUGACUGAAUGAGUGACAUACAAAAGACUUAGAAAUGUAUACUUUCAAAAAAUAAUUCCAUUCAUACUUUUGGUUACAAGUUCACUCAGUUGCAUCUGUCAGGAAGAGAAAAUCGCCGACAAAAUCGUCAGAGUGAAUCACACUUAAUAAGGAUCGACGUUUUUAAUGUGGUUUUGUGUAUUGCCUUUCAUCUGUGGUUCCGUGCGCUUCUGUUAGUCAUAAUCUGAAUUGUAAUCCCCAUUCGCCUUAGUCGCAUGUGACAAUAGUUGACUUUUGGGGGGACAGUCUUGAAGUGGUAGGGCUAUCCAUCCAAUAUAUUAUAAAUAAAGCUAGCUUAAUUAUAUUCCUAUAAGAUUAACCUUUUCUCAAAUACACAGCAUAAUCGUAACCUCACUGAUCUUGUAUUGAAAGAGUGUUUGUCUAAUGCCGAUUAGAAUCUAGACCAGAGAUGUUGACGAAUGUCUUGUGCAAUAGCCAAUAUUAAGAAAGACAUGCGUACUAAUUAAGACGCUAAUUGUCAUAGAUCGGGCCAAAAGAUGUGUGCCAUGCUAAUUCAUAUCAACCUAAUCAGCUAAUGCAUACCCGUUGACACCAAAUUCACAUUGAUUAUGCGAACACGCCUAUAGUUAGUAGUUCUAACAAUGUUCUAAUGGGGAAAGUAGUAGGGGGCAUGCAUAUUGAGCCAAUGCUGGGCAAUGGACAUUUGACUUGGUGGAAAAUGUUGUGGUCAUUUCCUUGGCUUCGACUUGACUGAAAAUUUUAGUCAUUUGCGCUUGGAUGCUAUAUAAUACCUCUAAUUAACAAGAAAAUAUUUCAAUAUUUAAUUGAAAUUCUAAAUUUUAAUCUGCCCUAUCUGCCCGGACUCUUGACAUAUUUUUCAGGUAGUUGCAUAUCCGUGACACUGAAGCUGUUUGUUAUCGCCUCUACCUAAAAGCCGUUCCAAAUUUUGUAGUCAACGAACAAGAAGUUUGUAGUCAACUAACUAAUUUCACGACGAAGGGCCUCCGCUCGAAACGUCGAAGUUCACCUUGUAUUUUUCUGGUAGUUGCAGUAUAUCCCUAUCAAUCCGAAUCUUUCUGGUUAAAUUUUAACCAUAACCUGGGGUGGGACGAUGAGACGGCAACGCGACGACGACGGCUAUUCAUACAACGAGAUUCAUAAUAUUUAAGGGAAAAAAUGAAUAAUUCAUAUCCCGCGGGAGCUUGAGAUGUCAUCCAUGGUUUGUUUGCAACGGGAAACUACAGACUUUUACGUCUUGGAUAAAACGCCUGCAUUUCAAGACGCGAGAAGCGAUACACAGCAAAAAAAGCUCGGUAUACAACAGCAGAAUUUUCUCAACAAUAAAGCCACUAUUUCAAGCUAACCAAACAGUAUUUGUAUAAAAUGAUAAGAUCAAUACUAGUCUACAAAUUUCUUUACAAUCGUUUAUUUGAAUGAUUUAUUCUGGCCGGCGUUGUCGUUGCGUUGCCGUCCUACAUCGUAAGAGGGACCCGUAAGAGGGACCCGUAAGAGGGACCCGUAAGAGGGACCCGUAAGAGGGACCCGUAAGAGGGACCCGUAAGAGGGACCCGUAAGAGGGACCCGUCCUACAUCGUAAGAGGGACCGGAUACAAUGAAAUUUAUGACAGUGUAGAAAGAAAAUGCAUGAUUAAAGGUCCCUUUGGGAGUUUUAGACGUCGUCCUUGCUCUGUUUACAAGAGCAAACCAAAGCUUUUCACGUUUUGUAUACAACGUCUGCCUUUCAAGCCGCGAGAAGUCGUCCUCGGCAAAUGGCUUAGUAGAAGCAUCCUCAACUAUAAACCUCUGUCUUAAGACUUAACCUUCUUAAACUGCAAUAAAUUCAUACAACGGAUAAUACAAGACAUGUUGUUCUUAAAGUUACUUAUUUGAGCGAGUUUGUUUUGGCCGUCGUCGUCGCGUUGCCGUCACCUAUUUGCUAAAGGUCCCUAUAAGGUCUCUAUAUAUUAACGGCACUGAGCAAAAAGAUGCGGCCGUGUAGUUACUUUUUGUAGAGAUUACUUUGCAUUUGUAUGGAUAACCGGGACGGCUGGUUCGCUUUUCAAGACGUCACUUGAAAAAAGUGACAUCUCACUUACCGGGAUGAAAAUUUUUCCGUUCCAUGCACGCAAACACUAACAGGGAUGGCAACGGUUGUCGGGAGGAAAGUUCAAGGAGAUGCCGACGCGAGCCAUUUUUAAGAGCUGUGAAAAUAACAAAAUCGUCACGGCAAGCGGAACGAAAAUUUUCUUAUAUUAUACAAUUUUAUUAUAUUAGACAAAUUCAUUCCACUUACUGCGGGAUAUCUUUAUAAUGUGCAGGCGUAAUUAGAUUCGACAGCUGCGGCGUAAAAAACUUGAAAGGGCUUGCUUUUUAGUCAAUAAGGCCAAACAACUACUUCAAAUAAACCGCUGUGGAGAAAAUAGAGUUGUUUUACAUAUACACAAAAUACAAAUUUAAAAAAACUGUUUAGUUAAUUCCAGAAUGUCAGACCUAUCAUAUAUUUUUCGUCCGCGUGCGUCUCUUCCGCCUGAUUCUCUCUUUUUCUAUAAGACGGGAAAAAUAUAGGCCUCAUACAAUGCGACCACUCGGAAAUUUUCACUUUACUCUUCUCAGGCAGGGCCUUUUUUCAGGUAAAUUGUAAGAGAACUCACUGACAGGCAAAUGUGUAAGUUGAAAGUGAAUGCAAUCCUGCUAAGAAAGCUAUAAAUUUUAGUUGCAAUAAUUUUCACCGGGUUCUUUGCAUGCGAAAAGUAAACAAAAAAGCCGCAAGCGAAGCAUGCGAAGGUUGGAAGGGAUGAUUCAAAUUAACGCUCGUGCGUGGUUUUAAAUUCGAUUUAAAUCUUUCAAAUUGUGCUCUUGGAGUUGUAUUUUGAGUAGGAGUGCAUACUAAAACAAUUGCAAACACUGCUUUUAGGCAGGGACGUCGCGAAGCCAUCAACAUUGGGAGGUGUGUCAUGUUUGACCAACAUUUCCUAGGAUUUUGACCAAGUCGUACAAAAUUUUCACAAAAUAUUGUCGACGGGGGGGGGUGUCAAAAAAAAUUUUCCGGACUAACAUAAGCAUAGUUGAAAACAUUUUUCCGUACUAACAUAAGCAUAUUCAAAAAUUUUCGACCAAAAUAAGCAAGACUUCCAAUUCUUUCAUCGCAAACAUAACAAAACCUUUAAAACUAUUACAACUGCGAACCAUUUCAUAACUUUGAGCAACUUCGACCAUCUUUUAUCCCAAACUUUGACCAAAUUUUUCCGAGUUUUGCCUUCAAUUUUAAGCAAAUAUCAGUUCCAUUUUGACCAACUUUUGGCAAAUGUCAGUUCCAUUUUGUCCAACGUUUGAAUUAUUGGGGGGGGGGGGUACACCCCCCCCCCCCUAUAGCGACGUCCCUGCUUUUAGGUAACGUAAAAUGUCAUUAAAAAAUCGGGUAAUUUGUUCGUGGCUUGGGAAAUUUAAUCUCAUUUCAGAGUUCCUUAGGUUGUACCUGCGCCACGGAUUGAAAAGAAAUCACGUGAAUAAGAAGGCGUAUUUCCUUUAAGUGUUUUAUAUAGAAAUUAGGCCAGCCUAUAUUCUGCCUAUGGAAGUGUUUGGCUGCAUAAUGGCUUAACCAUGCAUGCGCACGAUCUGCCCAUGCAUAUCACUUGUCAAUGUAUUAAACUGUAAUGGUACCUAAUGUGUCUUUCUUAGUUAUUUCACUCUAUAUCUACCUAACGAUUUUUGAGAUUUUCAACAUGAGCUCCACCUUUGAAUUUACCAUAUGAGUAAAUUCUUAAACACGUCCGAAUUUAUUAAUAUGAUAAAUUCGCGGCACAUUUUGAAUUUAUCAAUCAGAGUUAAUCAUAAAAGAAGAAGCAUUAGACAAGACUUUCAAGAUUUUCAAAAAAAAGACUGACAAGAUUUUCAAAAAACAGUUUAAAAAAGUUUUAUAAAAGUUUAAUUAAAAAAGCAAAAAAAAAGUUUAAAAAGUUAGAUUUUCAAAAAAGUUAAAUUAGGGUUAGUGGUUAUAUAGGGUUGGGGUUAGUGUUAGCUUAGGUGCCGCGCAUUUAUCAUUAUGAUAAAUUCAAAAUGUGCCGCGAAUUUAUCAUAAUGAUAAAUUCCGGACGUGUUUAAAAAUUUACUCAUAUAGUAAAUUCAAAGGUGGAACUCAUGCUGGAGAUUUUACUGGUUUAAGAGGAAAAUGUUCAUGUCUUUUGUUAAUCGAUUAAGCCGAAAUGUGCCGUACUUUUUCUAGUCCUAAUUUGCUCGAUGCAAAAUGAUAUAGAUCAAAGGGAAAGUAUUGGGCGUUAACGAUAACGUAUUUCAAAUGUAUAUACUAUAUAGCAACUAUUUUCGGUACUUUCACAUUGACGCAAUCCCUAGCCAGCUAGUGCAAGAACUCGCACCAUAUUACAUGUUGCUCUAGUUUUAGUCAUAUAUAGCAUGAUCGCAUGCAGGUUAACAGAUCUGUAGCAAUAGACCAAUCAAUAAGUGUUAACCCUUAGACCGGUCCUCUAAGGAGAACUGAUGGAACUAUCAAGUAUAUAAAUAACGUUCGUUUAGUUUAGUUUAGUUUAGUUUUAUUUUGUUUACGCCGGGAUUCCGAUUAGCAUUUCUAUAACACAAAUUCUUACAUGUGGAUAAGAUCAAAUGCGCUUUACAUCAAGUAUUAUACGCUUACCUAAUUACAUACUUAUAGCCUAGAUUAUUUUAUCCAAGGGUGGGUUGACUACAAAAUUUUUGUAGUUCGCUAUAACUACAGCUACUUCAAAAAUAUGUAGUCAGCUACAACUACUGCUACUUUUGAACAAAGGUAGUUCGCUAUACUGACUACAGCUACUGCUUAAAAAAUGUAGCGAACUAUUUCGCUACGCCAUAUAUUUUAGUUUCACUGCAUUUGGAGCAUGUACUAACUCAGGUUGUAAUACAACCCAUAACAAAUCGACUUACGAGUAGCAACAGUAAACACGAAGCAACAUUUUUGUAAGCACUACAUUGUUCAGGAGAGCAAAUUGACUAUUGAGUUUUGAUUUUAAGCAAACCAUGUCUCAAUAUCAGCCUAUUCUAUCAAGUUGUUAACAAUUUUAGAAAGUAGCGAAUAGCGAUUCGCUGUUUGAAAAGUAGUCAACUACUUGGCUACUUUUAGGCAAAAUGUAGUUCGCUAUAACUACAGCUACUGUUUUAAAAAAAGUAGUCAUAAACUACUGGCUACUUGAAAAUUGUAGUUCGCUACAGUAGCGAACUACAACUACAUCGCUACUAUACCCACCCUUGCAUGUCACCUUGAUUUUAUCUUUACAACAAUUGUGAUAUUACUUUCUUAAAGUGCCUAUAUGACACAAAAUUUCACCCCAAAGGUUUAUGGUUGCAUUGUAAAGAUCACUUAAAAUGACUUAAUAAUUUCUUUUAUAGAAUUUUGGUAACUUGCUCCCUUUGCAAGAUAUUCAACUUUGUUUCAUAUGCAAAUAUCACCGGUGUGACAUCACAUCACAUAAUGAGUUUUCAGAAAAGUGUAGUUUUCUUGACGAAUAUACGAAUCUAAAAAACUUUGCAAACUUGUAUAUGUAGUAAUUUCAUAACUGGUAAUUAACCCUCUGUAUUUGUUUGUAAAAAUAUUUUAUCAUGGUAAAAUAUUGCGUUUUCAAAAUGUCAUUAUGCGAUGUGAUGUCACACCGGUGAUAUUUGCAUAUGAAACAAAGUUGAAUAUCUUGCAAAGGAAGCAAGUUACCAAAAUUCUAUAAAAGAAAUUAUUAACUCAUUUCAAGUGAUCUUUACAAUGCAAUCAUAAACAUUUGGGGUGAAAUUUCGUGUCAUAGGCACUUUAAUUAUCUGUGUUUACCCUAACCUACCCUGUCAACUUUCCCUGUGGGAGGAAACCGGAGCACCCGGAGAAACCCACCACUUUCGGCAGAGCGUUGACCGACUCUUUUCACACGAGUCCGUAGCGAGAAUCGGACCCACGAUCUCAUUUAGAGGUGAAAGGCGCUUGCUACGACGACUGCGCCAACGGAACCCUUUAUAAGCUUUGACCACAGGGUUCGUACACCUUCAUAAUUUAAAAAAUCCAGGGUUUUCCAGGACUUUUUUCAUCCUUUUUCCAGGGGUUUUCCAGGGGCAUUUGAAAUAUAAAUCUAUAAGUGUUUAACGGAUAAGAAACGUUCGCGAAGGCUAGUACUUCAUCUUGCACAGAUACUUUUGGGUUUGUACCAGUUUGAACGAAAUAUAUUCAUAGUUUGACUAUAUAUAAUGCAAGAACCUUUUGUUCAAUCUUUAUUUUUAAGAUAGACUUAAAUAGUUUAGGUAUGAUCCUAUACCCAGCUCAGUUUCUCAGUUUUCCAGGGAUAAAUUUGAAAUUCCAGGGUUUUCAAGGGCUUCUCAGGACUAAAAUAAAAAUCCAGGGUUUUCCAGGAUUUCCAGGGGGCGUACGAACCCUGUGACCAGCUAACUUGCAUUUGGGGACCAUAGUCAAAACUUUUUCUGAUCAACAUAUUUUCUCUUAUCUUUUCUUAGAGAUCAUAUCUUCAAUGAACUUCUCGGCAGACCCUUGUGACAACUUCUACAACUAUGCGUGUGGGGGUUGGGAACGAGACAAUGAUAUUCCAGAUACGGAAUCGUCCUGGGGUCAGUUUGACAUUCUGAAUUUGGCAAAUGACAACGUUUUGAAGAAACUCGUCAAGGAUCCAAAAACAAAGUUGAUAUAUAAAGAUGUAAGUGGCUAUUGUAUUUGGAUUUUUUUAUCUAACAUGGCCGCCAUAUCUUUGUCUUAUAAAUCUCAAGGCCAGGGACUGAUUAAAAACCAUCAAUAAAUCCUCCAAAUAUAAAUCCAUCAAAAAUGCUUAUACAGUGUGCAUAAAAAAGGGUAGUCGAACUUCAGCACGCUAUAGGCAAUUCCAGCUUUUAGUUUAUGCGUGCAGGGGAGGAUGGGAAGUAAGGUAUCAUAUUGCUGAUUAUGCUGAAAAAAUAAAAAUGACGGUCGUGUAAACACGGAGUGAUAACUUAUACUUGUAAAUAUUGAAAUAUUUCGGUUGUUUCGGCAGUUUUUAUUGAAAUGUUUCAGCAUAAUCAGCAAUAUGACCCUUACUUCCCAUCACCCCCCUGCGUGCAUAAUUAAAAGCAGGAAUUGCCAAUAAAUUGUAUCUGUGAAUUACUCUGCCUAUGAACGAGAUGUUUUCAUAUUCGGAAAGAUCAGGCUCAGUGGCAGAAAUUCACUUUUUCCAGUAAGGUGUGGGGGGGGGGGGGGCAAAGCCCCCUAAAUUUCCAACAAAACACUCAAAUUUCCUACAUACCCCAUUUUCACUCGAAAAGACUGUUUUAAGCGCCCUCUUUUUAGGUAAAAAUUUCCGAAAAUUCGUCAAUUGCCCAUGAGGGGGGGGGGCGGGGGGGGCGGCCGUCCCCCUCCCCCCCGCCCUACCAAGAUUUCCGCCACUGAUCAGGAGUUUUAGCUGUUGAAUGAUGUGUUCUUUAUGCCAAGUGGAUAAAAAAUGAGCAAAUACGAAUCCAAUAAAAAAGUGUUAGUCAGAAUCGCAUAUUUUCACCGUUGAGAGUUGGGUCUAAAACCAUUGAAAAUUAACGUUUUUUGUUUGGGACUUAAGUUGAUGCAUAUCAAACUUUGCGUUAACAAAAAGUCGUGUCGUAUUGCGCGUAUCAUAUUUCCAACUUUUGCCUAUACAAAUCACCCCAAAAUUUGAUGUUUUUUCGCUUACGUUUGCUCUACGAUUAGAUCUGUGUUCAGUUACCUACGGUAUAGGAAAGAAUAAGCCUUUAGACGUCUUUUGAAUGUACUUUUAUGGGGAAAUAAUACUUAAUUCGAAGGGCACUUUUCGUUUGAUUAUGCGCUAUUUGUUAUGAUUUAUAUAGGAAAUUCGCCUCGCGCGCAGUGUCUGUUGAAGAAAACUGGCCCUAGGACCUUAUGCGCAGGUCUUUGACUCCAGUUACCUCCAGAUUUGAAGUCGUCGUGAAAUUUGGCGCAUUUUGAUAGCAAAUUCGUGUUUAUUUAUGGCGAUUUAGGAAGGGCAAAAUGUGCGCAAAGAUGUGGGUUUUGCUUGUGUUUACAAGCUCAUUAACAAUUCAAUUGAUCUCGGCUGUAGAAGAUGGCGAAGGGACGUCUUAGACUCAAUAUCUCCCUUAUAUGUCUUUAUAUAUUGUAUACCAGAAUCCAGAUAAGUGUUGAACAAUUGUAAUGAGUUUGCGUUUAGUAAAAUGUACUUUUUAGUUAUUCUGCCUCAUUAUAAUUGAAGUUUAUGCUUGGGAAAUCUCAAAGCGUGGGCUUUGGUCUCUCCGCCAUAUAAUAAUAAUAAUAUUAAAUAAUGAACUUUAUUUAAAGAAGGUAUUACAAAACCAGUUCAGCAUAGCUAAUCUUACACUCAGCCUAAAAUGAAGCGUCUGUAACUUCACAUUAAGCGACUGGACACUAGUUUGAGCAAAUGUUCAUUCAUAUAGGGCGAAAGUUUGAUAUGAAUUUCACUUCAAUAAAUCACGCACAUAUAUAUUCAUAAUUAUUAAGUGGAAAUAAAUCUUAGCGAAACUAUGACAAAUUGCUUUUUCGUUUGUUAUUGCACUGCUUUAAUUAGGCACAGAGGUGAAAAUAUGCGAUUCUGGCUACUGUACAUGUCAUUCAUUAGCUAAAAGCCAGAUCUUUCGGAACACGAAAAAAAUUUGUUCAUACGCCGAGUAAUUCACGUACAAUAGCGCGCCGAAGUUCGAUUACCUUUUUUUAUACACACUGUAUACAAGUCACAAACAAGUAUAUUCUUUCGAUCUAACGCACAAUGACAUGCAAAAGUUCGAUUACCUUUUCAUACCCCUGUAUAUGUAACAGCAUUGCUAUAGGAAUUCGAUUUGAACACUAGCGAUCUAUAGUGUAGGUAGUAUUCUAGCAUAAUCUGCCGUGGGCCCGUGGUUUGUGUUUGAACUAGAUGAAGGCACUUCAACGUCUUCGGCACGAUACAUCGAAGUAUUUUAAUCUUGUUCAGACAGAGAUCAUGGCAGUUUACUGCACAGCGUUAAGUCUAAUAUAGACAUAACUCAUAAGUAUAUAGUACUUACACUUUUUAAAAUAUAUAUCUGCCAACUUUUCGACCUUGACCAAACAAUGACCAUGUUUGCUUUAGUUUAGCACUUUAAUUUAAAACAUCGCUUAAAAAUCUUUAAAAUAGAUUAUAGCGUCAGUAAAAGCGAUAUAUAAUUCCUCAGUACACCAUUCCAAAGCCAUCUCGUUGUUUGAGUUGGUUGAUUUGAGUUCAUAUAUUCACAAUAAAAAUUCUAGCAAAUAUUUUCUCAGGUUUUCAAUAAAUUUUGAAUUUCCCCCUGCAUACCGAAAUGUAUACCACGUGUGCAGGGUGUCCGUUAAAGUUUAAAAGGGCAUCUGAAAAAAAAAACAUCGUUUAAAAUUAUCUUUGACCUAACUACAUUUCGGUCGGCUGUGUGACCUCCAUAUGUAACUGGAGUAAAAAUAUCUAUGAGCAAAACAAAGGACGCGUGACAAUUCUUCACGUCACGUCUUGAAAGUACAGACAACGGAAUCAUAAAUUACAUAAGUCAACUCUCGUGCUCAAAUUCUCUUUAUUAAAAUCAUAAACAAUAGUAUCAUCUAAUUAGCAUUAACCGAUCAAGACAAAUUAAAAAUUUCUUUGUCUGAUAGAUUUGCAUGCGGCACGGCAAGGCUCCUUGAAAGUCUUUGAAUUUGAAAACAAAAAUUCAAGUCCUUGAAUUUAUAAAGACGUGCUUAGAAGUCCUUAAAAUUCUUCAUUCUCUAGUUUUUGCGAAUAUUCUGAAAUUGUUUGACAUUAUAAAAAACGGACAUUUUGUUUAAUUAAUUUUGUCCACCCUGCUUGAAAUGAAUAAAAAGUUGAAUUGCCAUGUCAACAGUUGCCCUCUUUUCAGACCUUUGGUCCAUGAAGUUCCUGAUACAUGCCCAUAAGGUUACAGAACACCUUUGAGUGUUAAUUUUGCCUAAAAUUUUUUUAUUGGUUUCAGUGAAAGCAUUAGACUAGUUCUACUAUCUGACCAAGUUUGAACGAAAAAUGUUGAAAACUCGCAGAGUUAUUUAAUAAAAUACAUUUCGCUGCAAUAAGAAAAACAUUGAAAAUGUAAUAUUCAAAUUCAAUUUUCUCACGAAAAAUUUUACGGUAAUUACUGAUUUUCAAAUGAGUUGUGCUCCUGCGGGUUUUAACCAAUUUUUCUCAAAUUUUCACAGGACAUAGCUAAAUACGUCAGUUUCAAAAUUGUGUUCGGCUUUUUUUAAAUUUUGGAUAUUUUAAAAAUAAAAAGCAAUUCACUCAAACAAUUCAGAAAUAUAUUGCAGUCGUCAAAGAAAUCGCCAUAUCAGCGGAAUGACGAAAUAAACAAAAAUUUCCGAACACAAUUUUUUAGAACAACUAUUUUACUGUUUAAAAACGAUAUUUUCAUAAAUAUAACUUGCAACCAGCAGGAGCACAACUCAAAAGCGUAAAGGUACCGCGAUUUAAGAUUUUCCUGAAUAAUUCUUACAUUAUUUUAUUGUUUGUUAAUUUUACAACUUUACCAUAUUUUGCAUGCACUGGCGAACAUUUGGUGAAAAUUUGAUGAAAAUCGGACUGAUAUUGAGCGUGCAGUAGCGAUUUUCAGCAAAACGCCAAAAAGGGUGUCCUGCAACCUUAAGACUGGUUUACACUAUGAAGUUUCUGUGAUCACAGUAGGAAUUUUGCAUCGGUAAAUUGUACGUUUUGAAGGAUUUGUAAGAAAUGUUUGAGGAAACUGACUCAGUGUUUAACAUUACGUCAGCUUGCUCAAACAUUUCUUACAAAUCCUUCAAAACUUAGAAUAUUUUACCGACGCAAAAUUCCUGCUGUGAUCACAGAAACGUUGAUUGUGUAAACAAGCCUUCAACCUCUCCUAUUUUCUGCCCCAUAGAAUGCUGCAGUGCAAAAGGCAUUUAAAUACUACGAAACGUGCAUGAACCGAAGUCGGAUAAACGACCAAGGGGCGCAGCCGCUGAUCGAUCUCAUCGCGGACUACCAUUCGUGGAACGUCACGGGAAAUGGAACGUGGAGGGAAGAAUCAUGGAAUUUUACUACCGCAAUGAUUGCUAUACAGAGAAAAUGGUAUGCCAAUCCAUUUUUCGCCAUAUCAACAGGCGCCGAUUAUUAUAAUUCAACUGUGAAUGUUAUUGAGGUGAGCCAAUGUACAUUGAUUGAAAUUUUCUUUUUUAAAUGUUCAUCAAAAAAUGCUUGAAAUGAAAAAUAUGACCGUAAAGUACGCCAUCAAGUUUGUAACAAUAAAGUAGACUACUAGCAGGAUAUUAGCUCAUAUGUAUUAUGCUCAUAUCGUGCCAGUAGAAAAAAAACAACAAGAUGGCGGCUCAAAAAUCACCAGAGUUUCCUAAACGAGAAAACAGCAAGUUAUUCGCUUUAAUAGUCUAAGUCUAAGAGGAAUAAAAAUACUCCCAGCAAUUGUUUACAGGUUAGCAAAUAGAAUUUUAAUAUUUACUGAACACUCGGAAAAGUAAUUUUAAAAAUAUUAAGAAAAAAUAAUGCCGAAAGAGCGAAGAUAAAAAUAUGAACAGAAUAUAAUUUUUUGGAAGGAAUUAAACUGAACUAAAAAACAAGGUCAAUUUAUAGAUGUGAAAUCAACAAGUACAUAUUUUGUCUAAAAAACCUUGAAGAAGGUGGAAAUAACUUAUUGACUGAGCUUGGCGUGUUCGGUUAUUUUACGCCUAUAUAGCUCCCAUGACAUAUCUUUGGGUUUUAAAUUUCCUGUUUUAAUUUUUCCACCUAUAUUUUAUACCUAUCAAGUUAUUUACUUUUUGUUUUUAUUGUCGACAGCUUGACCAAUCAGGAUUAGGUAUGACCAAGGAUAACUACUUAAAUAACGGAACAGAUGAUGAGAAGGUGAGGGAACUUUAAUUGGAAUAAAUAUUGAGAUGGACUAAUAUUGUACUUCCAUAUAUCCAUGCUCCAUGUUGAUAUAUGUUCGUGUGGGCCUGCUUAUUGUUUAAACAAAGGGAAAUUCCUCAAUUUUUCACCACAAAGUAAUGUAAAGGAGUCAGGACUGUUGAUAAAACCAAGGUUAAAGACUUGAAUUGUAGCCAAAAAGUGAAAAAAAAGAUUUUCUUGGAUUUAUAUCCGGGUAUAACUCAAAUUUAUCCUCAUUAGCAGGCUUCAAUCUGUUCCUUUCAUUUGCCUGAACUUUUGCUGCCAUGUCAAAGCUAUUCUUUAUAAUCUCUAACAUGGGUAUUUCAGGGUCCUCUGAUCGUCGGCUAAUGUGAGAAUUUAACUUUUGAGCGCGCGUAUGAGCUGGUGUUAAAAUCACAUUAAAAGUGGCUCGCGCACAAAAAUGGAAGGUUUAAAACACAACUUGAAUACAAGAAUACAUAAGCCAGUUGAUAUAUGGUGCGGAAAGUUUUUUUAAAGUACCAUGCAGAUAUAACUUGAUGUAUGUUAAAUCUUCCGGGCGACCUCCAAAAUUAGAACUGUUAAGCUUCAUAGUAUAUAAUUCCAUUUUAUGAUCCAUCUUGUAGAUACGACAAGCAUACAAGAAGCUGAUGGUUGAUAUUGUUGCCUUGUUGGGCGCUGAAGGAGAUGAUGUUGAAAGACAGAUGAUGGAGGUUUUUGAUUUCGAAUCGAAAAUUGCAGAAGU